AUGAGACGCAUUCAGGGUCGCGUGACGCGUGAUGAUAUUCGCUCAGCAGGGCUGAGGCGAUGGGAUGGACGAGCUCGAGUGACGACGGACUGGGUCAAUCUUUUUCAUGAGCCGGAGCUAUGCUGGCCAACAGGCGACUGUCUUGUCUACUUGCGGGAACCGGGUCAGUCCAGUCGUGGCCCUGCCUUUCGAGUUCACACCGCCUUCCUCAAUGUCAGAGGAUUCGAAUCUUUGGUGGACCGCUGCGUGGUGAGGAACUCGAUUCAUGCGGCAGUGCAGUGUGUCCUCCCCAACUGCUCGGGAUGUGACCCCCAGGAGUCGGUGCAAGAACUGUACAUCCCAGCACCUCAUGGGGCAAGCCUUGAGGAUAUCUUCAACCAUCACAUUACGACCCGGAACUUCUUUGCGUGGCUCUACAACCGACCGCUGGCUGGCCGGACGCUUGGAUCGGCUUUGGCGGCGCUGAAGAAAAGGGUCGAUGUCUACCGACCUGACGACAGCUCUCAGAAUAAGGUCGAAGUGCUGUCCUUUGCGGAGAAUCAGAGAUAUCUGGACUUCCGAGAGUGUGUUGAUCAUGCUUUGGCAGCUCUCUCCUUGGCCGAGGCUCUCCAGGUUGAGGAUCUUUGGGUGGACGCAUUUGCCCAUUGUGUGGGAAUGAGUCACCGUGGCCUUCGAUCAAGCAUUGAGUAUGCAGGGUUGAGCGCCAAAUCCAAGACUCUCAUCAAUCGUGCCAGGCUGGAGAUGGACAUUCGACUGGACAGGGUCAACAAAUCCGUCGUGACCUUCUUUGAGAACGACGUUUCAGGAAGCUUCCUCGGCCUGCCCCAGCCAGCGAGAGAUCAUCUCAACAAAUUCCGCGCCUUCCUCAAAUCAUUCUACCAUGAGCGUUAUGGUUCUUGGCCGCCUAAUAAUUUCGAAGAAGAGGUUGUCCAGCAAACCAUAUACUCAACUAUGUUCUCGGAUUUCCGGAACCUCUAUCAGCACCUGGUUGAUCCUGAAUCCACGGUUGAUAUGGUAGAAAAGGACAUCUCCAAGACUGGUGGUGUUUGUACUCUCCAGAACAUCCAAGUUUUCGACAAAAAGCACUCGUACGAGCCCCUUGCUCAGCCACUGCCUCUGUUGCCGGAGCCCUUGGAAGCCAGCUCAGGCCCACGCUCCAAGCUUCAGCGAAGAAUGUCUUGGAACCCAAUCCAAAAACGCAGAGCACUCAGGGAAUCACGAAAAGCGCAUGACAAACGCGCUUUGAUUGGUGCCUCCAACCGAGAUCUAUUGGUCAUGGACUGUCCCUUAGUUCGAAAGUACUCCGAGUUCGAGGAGAUGACCGUCGACGACGAUCUUGAGGGACUCUCUGCCAUGGAAGGUCGCAAAGUGAGAUGGAUCCUGGUGUAUGCCGUCCUCCAAACUUUCCAUUCCAUCGCACAGCCCCCAAAGGAAGUCCGCAACACUUCCAACCUAACAUAUUCCCUUUGUUGUCAGCCUCCAAAACAAAAGCCGUGGCAAGAAACACCUCUCCCUCAAGUCCGCACCCUGAACAAGAAGCCGUCUCAGCUGGCUCCUGAUAAUCGCUACUCACAUACUAAUGUGUCGUCUUCCUCCCUGGGUGAGCCACUGACGAGAGGGAGAUCGGCCAAGAUCCGUCGGCGUACGCUCCCUGCGAAUCUACCAGGGUCUUUGAUGUCGUCCUUGUCGAUCAAAACACCGCCAGCCUCCCGGUCGACCUCGCUCAGGAGAUUGAUAUCUCGGGGGGGCCAGACCAGCCGGGAUGAGAUGCCGUCGAAACGGCCUUCGUUCUGUGAGAUCUACGUAGAAGGCUACGGUAACGGUCUGAAUGAAGUUGCUCGCGGGGCCUCUGGCUCUCCUGCGGCCGAGCUGACCGCAGAACCUGAGCCGGUUAUCAAAGAGGACCAGCAAGAACCCCAAGAGCUUCAGGGUGACAUCGUCCAUGAAAUGGCCGCCAACGACACAGAGGACUUAGCUCCACUCCCAUCAUCGGAGGGCUCAGCUACAACGCCGCCGAGCAUGUCUCGUGAAUCUUCCCACUCUUCCGUCAGCAGCGCCUCGUCCGGUGGCCACGAGGACAGCGACGUUGCUCCAAUCACACCGGCAGGUAACGCGGCAUGCACACUCGAAGAAAUUCUCAAGUCUACUGGCACCAUCAAACGACGAAACGACAACCGAUCUGAUCUGGCGUCCACCACAAUGAGGCACCGGCCUCACUCUCUCGUUCUUCGAGGCGCCGUGCCCCACAUCAACAUCAUCAAGAGUGACCGAUACGAUCCAGACUUGGAACUGCCGUACGUGCACUUCAACACACAGACCUGGGACAUGAUUUUGGCCCAAAGACCGAUGACUGCGCCCAGCCCGACCGCCAUCACAGCAUAA